GGAGAAAUCCUCCAAAUGUUUGGGAAGAUGUUUUUUGUGUUUUGCCAAGAGUCUGGCUAUGAUACCAUCCUCCGUGUCCUGGGCUCCAACGUCCGAGAAUUUCUACAGAACCUUGAUGCUCUCCAUGACCACCUUGCUACUAUCUAUCCAGGUAUGCGCGCACCUUCCUUUAGGUGCACUGAUGCUGAAAAGGGCAAAGGACUCAUUCUGCACUACUACUCAGAGAGAGAAGGACUACAGGACAUUGUCAUUGGCAUCAUCAAAACUGUAGCCCAACAGAUACAUGGCACUGAAAUCGACAUGAAGGUUAUUCAACAAAGAAAUGAAGAAUGUGACCAUACACAAUUUUUAAUUGAAGAAAAGGAAUCUAAGGAAGAAGAUUUUUAUGAAGAUCUUGACAGAUUUGAAGAAAAUGGUACCCAGGAAUCCCGCAUCAGCCCUUAUACUUUCUGCAAAGCUUUUCCUUUUCAUAUAAUAUUUGACAGGGAUCUAGUAGUAACUCAAUGUGGAAAUGCCAUAUACAGAGUGCUUCCCCAGCUUCAGCCUGGAAAUUGCAGUCUAUUAUCCGUCUUCUCUCUGGUUCGUCCUCAUAUUGAUAUCAGUUUCCACGGGAUCCUCUCACAUAUCAACACUGUAUUUGUCUUGAGAAGCAAGGAAGGAUUAUUGGAUGUGGAGAAGCUGGAGUGUGAAGAUGAGCUGACUGGGACUGAGAUCAGUUGCUUACGCCUCAAGGGGCAAAUGAUCUACUUACCUGAAGCAGAGAGCAUUCUUUUCCUGUGUUCUCCAAGUGUGAUGAAUCUGGAUGACCUAACGAGGAGAGGUCUCUAUUUGAGUGACAUCCCUCUGCACGAUGCCACCCGUGAUCUGGUUCUUUUGGGAGAACAGUUCCGAGAGGAGUAUAAGCUGACACAAGAACUGGAAAUCCUCACAGACAGACUACAGCUCACUCUGAGAGCUCUGGAAGAUGAAAAGAAAAAGACAGACACGUUAUUAUAUUCUGUCCUUCCACCUUCAGUUGCUAAUGAGCUGAGACAUAAACGUCCAGUGCCUGCCAAGAGGUAUGACAAUGUCACUAUCCUAUUCAGCGGAAUUGUGGGAUUCAAUGCCUUCUGCAGCAAGCAUGCAUCUGGAGAAGGAGCAAUGAAGAUCGUCAAUCUUCUAAAUGACCUCUACACCAGAUUCGACAUACUGACUGAUUCACGAAAAAAUCCAUUUGUCUAUAAGGUGGAGACUGUCGGUGAUAAAUAUAUGACUGUGAGUGGCUUGCCAGAGCCUUGUAUCCACCAUGCCCGCUCCAUUUGCCACUUGGCCCUUGACAUGAUGGAAAUAGCUGGCCAGGUUCAGGUAGAUGGAGAAUCUGUGCAGAUAACAAUUGGAAUCCAUACUGGAGAGGUAGUGACUGGUGUCAUAGGCCAGAGGAUGCCUCGAUACUGCCUCUUUGGGAACACUGUUAACCUUACAAGCAGGACAGAAACCACAGGAGAAAAGGGGAAGAUCAAUGUGUCCGAGUACACCUAUCGAUGUCUUAUGACACCAGAUAAUUCAGACCCACAGUUUCAUCUGGAACACAGAGGACCAGUAUCCAUGAAGGGUAAAAAAGAGCCAAUGCAAGUUUGGUUUCUAUCCAGAAAAAGUACAGAGGAUGAGGAAACAAAACAAGAUGAGAGCUGAAGAAAGGGACAAGAAGAAAGUUGGAAGAUGAGGGUCUUCUGUCCCUUGAUACCAACCCAGCCCAGUAGCAGUGAUUCUAUGUGGCUAUAUAUUUUGCUUCAUCUCUUUCAAUGACUCCA